UUUUCAUCAAUUUCAUCUUGUAUUCGAGAUUUCCAGAUUGCAACAAUAUAGAUAAUUAGAAUAGAGAGAAACUACUGAAAAGUGUUUGAAUUGCUUUUUUAUUAACAAAACACUGUUUAAAUCCUUGUGGGUGCCACAAUCGAGAUAAUAAAGUGUAACAUGAACCAUGGUGAAUGUUAUGAAAGGAGUGCUCGUGGAAUGUGACCCUGCAAUGAAACAGUUUUUGUUACACCUGGAUGAAACGUUAGCACUCGGAAGGAAAUUCAUUCUUCAGGAUUUGGAUGAAACACAUCUGUUCAUUUCAUCUGAUAUUGUAGACACCUUACAAGCUCGAGUGGACGAUUUGAUGGAUCAACUGAGUAUUCCAGUGCACGAUAAGGGAUUGUAA